GAAACAGCGGCAGAGUGAGACCUCGCUUGCUUCACUGUCUCUGCUCAGUGUUUUUAGGAAACGUGGCCUUACAGCAGCAGCAUCUGUACAUGAAUGAGAACCACACAGCGCUCCAGUCUCCUCCUCUGCCCGUCUGCCAGUCCCCGCCGCGCCGCUCCAGCCCUGCCCGCGGUCCCUCCUGAAGAAGCCCGUCUCUGAAGAGAACCAUGUCCGAGACAGAACCGGUCCCGGUCGCGGCCGCGGAGGCCCUGAACAUCACCGACUCCAACGGGACCCAGGCGCUCAACGCUUCGGCUAAAUUUGUGGCGACUCCGGAGGGCACGGCGCUGGCAUAUGGCAGCCUGGUGUUCAUGGCGCUGCUGCCCAUCUUCUUCGGAGCCCUGCGGUCCGUCACUUGCUCCAAAUCUAAGGAGCUCGGAGAAAAUGAUUACGAUUCUGGGUUCAGAAAUGCAUCAGACAUGCCAGAAACGAUCACCGGUCGAGACGCGGCGAGGUUUCCCAUCAUCGCCAGCUGCACUCUGUUUGGGCUCUACCUCUUCUUCAAGGUAUUUUCUCAAGAGUACAUCAACCUGCUGCUGUCGGUCUACUUCUUUGGCCUCGGAGUCCUGGCUCUGUCCCACACUAUGAGUCCUCUGAUGUCCAGAAUCUUUCCAGAUUCUUUCUCAAACAAACAGUACCAGCUGCUCUUCACUCAGGGCGCUGAAGAGACCAAAGAAGAAAUAGUCAACUACGAGUUUGACACCAAGAACCUGGUGUGUCUGCUCAUCAGCAGCGUGGUGGGAGUCUGGUACCUGCUCAAGAAGCACUGGAUAGCCAAUAACCUGUUUGGCCUGGCGUUUGCCCUGAACGGCGUGGAGCUGCUCCACCUGAACAACGUCAGCACUGGCUGCAUCCUGCUGGGGGGGCUGUUCGUCUACGACGUCUUCUGGGUGUUUGGGACCAACGUCAUGGUAACGGUUGCCAAGUCCUUUGAAGCACCAAUCAAAUUGGUGUUUCCCCAGGACUUGUUGGAGCGAGGACUUGAAGCCAGUAACUUUGCCAUGCUGGGUCUGGGUGACAUCGUCAUCCCCGGUAUCUUCAUCGCCCUUCUGCUGCGCUUUGACGUCAGCCUGAAGAAGAACAGCCGGACGUAUUUCUACUCCAGUUUCCUGGCCUACAUCUUCGGACUGGGCCUCACCAUCUUCAUCAUGCACACCUUCAAACACGCACAGCCUGCUCUGCUCUACCUGGUCCCGGCCUGUGUGGGCUUCCCCGUCAUCGUAGCGCUCAUCAAAGGAGAGCUCACAGAGAUGUUCAGGUACGAGGAGACUCCUCCAGAGGUCGCCGACGGUAAAGAGGACUCAGAGAAGAAGAAGGACCAAUAGCAUCCACUGCCCCCCCCCCCCCCCAAUCCAGCCUGCUGCCGCCACAUUUCACCGAAGCUCCCCGCUCCCAGUGUAGCCUACGUUGUUCUUCGUCUCUGGUAACCGUGGGAACGUGCCGUUUUUGUUUUGGGACUCGCUGCUGUGAUUCCCGUCUCCGUCGCUCAGCUGCUCUCACGCACAGACGCCGAUCCUCCCGCCGUCUCGCCUACGUUACAGUCCAGCGCUGUCUGCCCGUUUUGUCCGGGACAUCUGAAAACAGAUCCUAACGUUUCGGCGUGACCGGAAGGAACCAGAACAUUACACGCUUUCAUCUCAGCUCAACUUAGUCCGGCCGCCGUUUAGUUUUUCGUCUUAAAAAACAGCUUCACAUCUAAACUUCUCGUUUAUUUGCAGUUCGCCGGAGCAGAAAGAGCGGGAAACGGGGAAUUAAACGUCCCUCGCUGUGAUGAAGGAGCGUUUUGGUUUAAACAGCCGUCG